AAUAUAAUAAAAAUUGCAGUUCAAGUUUAUAACGAUGCUAUACGCGGUGUUUUCUUUCCCUCCUGGCUGAAAACCGCACUCGCUAUCCUUCUCAAGGAAGGUGACAUGAUCUCCCUCCGCAACUGGCAGCCAAUCUCUUUGAUAAAAUGUGACGCCAAGUUGUUUACCAAAAUAAUUACGUCCCGUUUACGCUAUGUUAUUGGCCAACUUAUCGCACCUUUUCAAACUGGGUUUAUG